AUGAAGCUGACAGUGAAAAAUCUCAAAGGCGGUAGCUGCUUGGUAGAUGUCACGGAGAAAACAACCAUCCUAGAGUUAAAGAAAAUGAUCGAGAAAGACAUAAAGAUCCCUGCUGCUCAACAAACUCUAGUGCUCAUGGGGAAGUCGUUGCAAGAUGAAAAACGCAUUGAAGAUUAUCCCAAAGUAAAAGACGGUACCAAGCUGUAUGUAGCAGAGAAGAAGCCCGAGACAUUGAACUCGGCACUCAACAGAUUUUUGCAGAAGUACUACAGUGAUGAACAAUGCAAGCUUAUUGUUGACGAGUUCAUGAGGAAUUUCCACAACAAAAUUGAUAGUUUGAGCUUAGAUGACUUAGAAAGGCUAGCAAAAGCUGAGAUACAAAGUUAG